AGCAGAGGGAGCAUAUUGAAGGUGAGUUUUGGAAAUAAUAAAUUAAUGUAGAUAUAAAAAGAAGGGUGUAUUGAGGAGGAGGAUAAACAUUUGGGUCUGUCUCCGCCUUGGCCAAAUCCCUAGCCUCUUGUUGUUUGAUUGAGAUGACGAUGGCGUUGUUAGCGGGUCAGAGCUCCAUUUCCGCGCUUCCCUUUGUUAACCCAACUUCCUUGAGCUUCAAACCUCUCGCCUUUACCAAAUCCCUAGCUCUCCCUUCAGCACAGAGGCCAACUUCGCUGAGGCUGAAAUGCAAGAUGGAGAGCGACGGCGACAUUCUGCGGGGGAGCACUCGCACGGUGACGACGCUGAUGGGACUCGCCGUGUUGCUGAUGAAGAAGGCGGCCUUUCCAGUGUUGAACAUCAACAUCAACAGCAGCAGCAACAGCGUGUCCACGAUGGGUGCUUUGUUCUUGGCAUCUCUACGGGACCGUCCGAGUGCGAGUGGGGCCCUAAACACGCCGCUGACGGUUGUGGCGGCGGGGCUUGGGAAGUGGCUUGACAUAUACAGCGGGGUUUUGAUGGUUAGGGUUUUGCUGAGUUGGUUCCCCAACAUCCCCUGGGAACGCCAGCCUCUCUCCGCCAUCCGAGACCUCUGCGAUCCUUAUCUCAACCUCUUCCGCAACAUCAUCCCCCCUGUUUUUGACACCCUCGACGUCAGCCCUCUUCUCGCCUUCGCCGUCUUGGGCACUCUUGGCUCUAUUCUUCAGACUGCUAUGUGAAUUCAUCUCUUUUAGCUUCUCUUCUCGCUUUUCAUUUUCGAUUUCACUCUUUUGGCUUAUACCAACUUAGUACUUUUUAUCUUUAUUCAUAUCAUUUUCAUGUUACCUUGCUUGCACCAAUACCAAUAUUUCAUUAUCCCA